AUGAACUCAACAACACGUGUUCAAACAGCAGCUACAAUGUUGUUACACAAGAAUUCUGUAGAUUGUAAUAAAAAUGAAAAUAAGAAUGGUGAAACACUCUCUUAUGACUUCCUACAGUCGAAUCAGAAUCAUGGUUCGAUGAAAACUGAUAAAUCAAUAUUGUCACCAAUGUUAAAACCAAACAACACAUAUGAUAAAGAUGCAUCAUCAUCAACAACAAGUAAAAACACAAACAGUUUCUAUUUAAUUCAUCAUCAAUCAUCUUUAAUUCCUAUUCAAGAUUUAUUAAAUAAAAAUAUUAAUACAAAUAUUGAAAUUAUACAAAUGGAUGAACAAGAAUGUAUAUUGGAAAUAGUCGAUGGAGUUUUAACACUUGUACCUAAAGAUAAAUCAACAUCAUCAACAAGCAAUAGUUAUGGAGAAAAAUCUGAAGAACAACGAAAAAAUUCCAUUGAUUAUCAAAGAAAUAAUAAUUAUGAUUCUUCGAAACGCAAAGAAUGUUCAUUAUCAAUAGCAUCAUCGAUUUCUACACCAUCUAUAUCAGAACAUGAACAAGAACAGGAUCAAGAACAGGAUCAAGAACAAGAAGAAGAAGAAGAAGAAGAAGAAGAAGAAGAAGAAGAACAAGAACAAGAGCAAGUACAAGAACGUGAUGAAAUAACAUCAUCAUCCCGAUUAUCAUGGAAUCAAGAAGAAGCUCAAGGACCAUUUAUACUUCUACGUGAUAUUCCACCAAAAUCUCCUCCUCUUCCAUCACAAUCUGAACAAUCUGUUGAUUUACUUGAUUUAUUUUCUACUCCAUUGGUACCAAUAUCAAAUUCCAAUACUUAUAACAAUGAAAAAAAUACGAAAAAUUUACUUGAUGAUAGUUUAUCAUCUGUUUCAUCGUAUGAAAAUAAUAAUAAUAAUAAUAAUUCAAGUUCUGAUUCAUUUGAAAGAAAAAAGCUACGUUCAUCAUCACCGAUACAAAACCAAUCAAAGUCUUCAUCAUCAACAUCAUCAUCAUCUACAUCAAUCAAAGACGAUAUUCCUCCAGUGUCAUCAUCAAAUCAAAAUUCUGUUCUAAUUGAACUAGUUCAAACAGUUGAAAAACCUGAAUUAAUCGACGAAACAGAAAUAAAUUAUCCAAUACCCAAAACUGAACCACCACCAGCGGCUAAGCCAAUAAAUAGAGCUCGUAUAAACGAAUUUGCAUCUCUUCUAUCAUCAUCUGUUCAUUUGGCUCCACCACAAGCAAUUAAAAAACCAGAAACACCUAAAAUCAUUACAACUGUAAAUCGACCACCACCACCAUCAUCACCUUCACGUUCUGAAGAUCAAAGUUUUUCUUCAAUUCCGUCAGUAAAUAGUGAUCGAGACGAACGUGAAUCAUAUCAUACAGUGAAAUCAAAUAAUAAUUCAGAACAAGAACAAAUAAAAAAACACAUUGAUGCACGUUAUAACGAAAAAGUUGACGACCGAAAUUCCAUACAAAUAAAUACAUCAAAUAUAAAAGCAUUGUUUGAACAAAAAAUUUCUGAUACAAAUAAAGCAUUAACACAAUCAAGUGAACAUUUAUUACAUUUGAGUGAAGCGAGGCAACACCAUAAAAAAGUACCAAUCAGUUACGGAAGUUUAAAACGUAAUUUGCCGACCAAUCCUCAACAAACAACACCAAUACCUAAUCGACGACAGUCACAGCAAGAAUUUUCAACUAUGAAUAGAUAUACAGAUCAUAUUGUUGGAACAAAAGAUGUUGUCAUUGAAGAUAAACAGCCUGAACAUGGUCAUCAAACUCUACAUUAUGUCAGUAAUAUACGUCGUAAUAAUACGGAAGAAAUAAUUCGUCCUGGAAUUGAUUCUUUAACAACAUCACCAGUUUCAAUACCAAAUGGUUACUAUUCAGAAUCUUUAAUAGCUCGUGAAAUUCGUGAAACAAAAGAAAAAGAAGAAGAAUUACGACGACAACGUAAACAAUGUGGUCUUACUGAAGAUUUAUCAUCUUUAAUAAUGAUAUCAAAUAAUGAUUCAAACAAAUCUGAUUCAUCAACAUCAACAAAACAACCAGUUAAAAGUAGUUCAUUCUUAUCAAAUUUAGAUUUUUUUACAUCAAAAACAAAUAAUACAUCAAAUGAAUUACCAUCACCACGUCGUUCAACAAUAGCAAUACAAAAUAUUACUUAUGAUUCUCAUGCAUCAGCAGCAUCAUCAAAUGAUGAUCGUAAACAAAUUUCUAAUGUUGUUUCACAAGAAUUAAAUCGUUUUAAUAAUAGUGGUGUACCUAUUAUUCGUACAAGUUCAACAAAUAAUUUAAUUCAUCGUUCAUCAUCAAAUCAAAAUAUGCAAUCAGCACAAAAUACAAAUAAUAUAAUUCAACGUGAAAUUGAAGCUAUACGUGCUAAAGAAGCUGAAUUACGUCAAUUAGGUCGAAUACAACAUACAAGUGAUGAACAUUCUGAUCCAAGAAAAUAUCAAGAAUUAGUUUCAACUUUACCAAAAAGUCAAUCUGUUAAUACACUUUCAACAGGAAAAGUAAGAAGAGAUAGUGGACGAUCAACUGGGCCUUUGAUUGCAUCAUCCAAUGGAGUUUUAAAACCAAAAUCAACAAAUAAUACUUCAACAGCUUCAUCAAUACGUGGUAAAUUUCCAAGUCCAAAUCCUACAGCACCUAUUAUUAGCUCAUCAAAUAAAUCAACUGAUUAUUCAAAAUUAUCAACAACCGAUCGACUUGAAUUAGAAAAACGUGAAUGUCAAGAAAGAGAACAAGAAUUAAGAAAACAACGUCAUUCAAUAACUGGUGCUACAUCAUUCGUUAAUCCAACAGUGAGUAAUGAUUCAGGAAAGGUAUUACAAGAUGAACAUGAAGAAGAUCAAGAACGUUAUUUUGAUAAAAUAGAACGAUUAAAACGAACAGAAAACGAAAAAGCUCAUGCCCCAAUAAUUCGUCCAGCAAAAAAAUUAGAUAUGUCACAAAAAUGGGAACAAAUGAUGGCGAAUAAAACAUCUGGUGAUAAUGAUGAUUAA